AACUAUACCAGCUAACCUCUCCAGCUGCUCAAAGCUUGAAACCUUGGAUCUAUCCACAAAUCAUUUGGCAGGAAAAAUAGCAGGUGAGUUGUUUCCAUGAAAACCCUGCGUAGUUUAAAUCUUCAACACAACAUGUUUUCCGGUGAGAUAUCAACACCCAUGGUGGCUUAUAGUUUGGAGUCUCUUGAUCUUUCAAGUAACCAUUUGAAUGGAUCAAUACCAGAUGAUAUAGGAAAUUUUUACAACCUUAGCUACUUAAAUUUGUCCAUGAAUACUUUGAGUGGUCCAAUACCUGCUACAUUGUUGCGGUUGCAUCAACUCUCUCAUCUUUCACUUGCCUCAAACAAUUUGACUGGUGAAAUUCCUGCUAGAUUAUUUGACUUGCUUAGUCUGAGUAGCAUAGAUCUUUCUCAUAAUCAUCUGAGUGGAAGUAUUCCAAGAGGCUUUGGAGAACUACAUCAAUUGCAGAAUAUUGAUGUAUCAUAUAACAAAUUUUCCGGAGACAUAUGUGAAUCUGUUAGCCAUAUGUGGGAUGCGAGACUAACCUUAGGAUGUGCAAGAACCACUUUUCUGGGAGAAUACCUUACGAGCUAGUAAAGCUAAAAUUUGUGGACACAUGCCUUGAUCAUGUGAAUUUAUGUUCAGAACAGCUGUUUUCUAGCUCUGAACAAAUGGUUAUGGAACUCCCAACAUGCCCUUCCCAAAGCUUUUCGGGAUUAUACAAUUCCACUGCACAUAAACUGCAGAAGUUCCAAUGAGCUAAGUAAAUCAAACAAAACCCAACCUUCGAAACCAAAUCAUACGAGGAUUGUAACUUGUGUCGUGAUUGCAGCGGCAGUAGUACUCAUCAUUGGGAUAGGAAUUCUGAUACUGGUGUUCAGACCUAGGGUGGGAAGGAGAAAACAAAGUGAUGGAGAAGAAUGGAGUAUGAUUUCAUUUCAAAGGUUGGAAUUCAAUAAAUGGGAUAUUUUGAGUGGUUUGAUAGAUGAAAAUUUGAUUGGAAAUGGAGGGUCAGGAAAAGUAUAUAGAGUGAUUACCAAGAAAGGCCAAAGAGUUGCUGUUAAAAGUAUAAGGCAUGAACAAAAGCAAGGGCAUGGAUUAAUGGAGAAACAGUUCAUAGCAGAGGUUAAGAUCCUUGGGGGAAUUUGGCACAACAACAUAGUGAAAUUGCUAUGCUGCAUCAGAGGAAAGACGACAAAGCUUCUUGUGUAUGAAUACAUGGACAAACAAUGCCUUCAUAAAUGGUUGCAUGGAAAGAAGAAAGGCUUAACUACUCAAGUCUUGAACUGGGAGACAAGACUAAAAAUUGCCAUUGGAGCUGCACAAGGCCUCUGCUAUAUGCAUCAUGAUUGCAGUCCACCCAUUGUUCAUCGAGAUAUCAAAUCCAGUAACAUACUCGUCGACUCUGACUUCAAUGUCAAGAUUGCAGACUUUGGACUGGCAAAGAUGAUGGCGAGUGAAGGAGAUCCAGAAACAGCAUCUGCUAUUGUGGGAACCUUUGGUUACAUUGCCCGGAAUCACAUAUAUCAUGGGAAUGCAGAAUACAGCAGAACAAGAAAAGUGGACGCGAAAGAGCGACAUCUACAGUUUUGGCGUAGUACUUCGGAAUUGACAACGGGAAGAGAAGCAGUGACAGGAAAUGAGGAUAUGAACCUGGCACAAUGGGCACACAAAUACCAAAGAGAAGGGAACUCGGCUGCAGAUGCCAUAGAUGAGGAGAUCAAGGACCCAUGUUAUCUGGAGGACUCGCAGUUGCUAUUAUCCUUCAAAGCUAGCAUUUUUAACCAAAGCCCACUUCAAACUGGGUAUCCUCUAAAAAUCCCUGUAGCUUCACUGAACCUUGUGUUGAAGAACACCAAUCUCAGCGGCUCUCUCACUUCUGCCUUAAAAUCCCAAUGCUCUGCUUCUCUUAGCUACAUAGAUCUAGCUGAAAACUUCAUCUCAGGGCCUGUUUCUGAUAUCUAUAGCCUUGGUCGUCGUGCAAUAAUCUCAAGUCCCUCAACCUUUCCAGCAACUCCAUGGACCCUCCUGGGAGGGAGGUUGCUGCAG